AAAUUCCAAAGAUUCAGUAACCACCUCCAUCUUCUGCAGAGAAGAAAGUCAAGAUUUGAAGUGCUUAGAAGAAUUUGAGGAGACAAGACAUUUUGGCCUGGAAAUGUUAAUAAGAAGAUAGUGAUGGAGUUGCCGCAGUUACACUUGGAUACUACAGAUUUCUUUGCUUCAUUAGCGGCCUGGUUCCAGCCCUAAUUAUGGACCAGAUUUUGCAAAUUCUCAGCAACCACCAUCUAGGGAUGGAAAAAGGACUGAAUUGUAACUGCAGGCACAUUGACAAGUAACACUUUCAAGAUGCAUAAAAAUCUGUUUCAAGCGAAGAGGCAGAAAGGAAGAAAAGAAUGAAUUUCAAUGGCGGUAUUCGGCCCUUCGCCACCAAGUGAAAAUCAACUCCUGCAGCACCUUCCUCUUCAACCUCAUGGAUCACCUGGAAUCCGACCGGUAAAGAAGUCGUAGAGAAGAGCUCGGUAGCCUCUCUCGCCUCGGUUAACCGGUCGCCGCGAUGGCCAGCAAGAGAAAAUCCACCACGCCUUGCAUGAUACCAGUGAAGACGGUUGUGUUGCAGCAGCGAGAAGCAGACCCGGCUAACGAAGGACCUCACCAGGACCCAGCUCCGGAAGUGCUCAGAGUUAGCGAUGCGGCCAACAACCCUAACCGGAGCGGCGCGCCGGCUGACGGACGGUGUGAAGGCGAUACUUAUCUGUGUAAGUAUUGUGAUUUCGGCUCUCAAGACAUGAGUCCGUUCAUGGGCCAUAUGGAUUCAGAGCACACAGACUUUAGCCAAGACCCCUCUUUUGUAUGCACUGAAUGCAGUUUCCUAGCAAAAACGUGCGAAGGGCUUACUCUCCACAAUGCCAAGUGUCACGCGGGCGAAACCCGCUUCAUCUGGAACGUGGCCAGACAGGACAGUCACGUCACCGUAGAGCAGAGCGUCUCUGACAGCACCAGCAGCCAGGAGUUCUCGGGUGAGUCCUCUCAGGAGGGAAGCGAGGGGCAGCCCGAAAUCAUCAUCACCAAGACACCCAUCAUGAAGCUGAUGAAGGGUAAAGCCGAAGCCAAGAAAAUUCACACGCUGAAGGAGAACCUGCCCGGUCAGACGGCGGGCGAGAGCGGGGCCAACCCAGCGGCCGGGGGCCCCGAGGGGAAAGAGAGCGAGCGACUCUUAGCCAACGGCCCCGGGCCGGUAAGCCAGGCCCCGAGCGUGCCGGUGAAAACGCCGCACGUCGUGAACGGGUCGCUGAUCGGGACCGUGCCCGUCUUGCCCGCCGGCGUCGCCCAGUUCCUGUCGAUUCAACAGCCGCCCCAAGCCCUUCCCCAGCAGCAGCCGCUGCCUACCUCCAAGUCGCUUCCCAAGGUGAUGAUCCCACUGAGCAGCAUUCCAACCUACAAUGCAGCCAUGGACUCCAACAGUUUCCUGAAGAACUCUUUCCACAAGUUCCCUUACCCGACCAAAGCCGAGCUCUGCUACCUGACCGUCGUGACCAAGUACCCGGAAGAGCAGCUGAAGAUCUGGUUCACAGCCCAGAGGUUGAAGCAGGGGAUCAGUUGGUCCCCCGAGGAGAUCGAGGACGCCCGGAAAAAGAUGUUUAACACGGUGAUCCAGUCGGUCCCCCAGCCCACGAUCACAGUCCUAAACACCCCCAUCGUGGCCAACGCCGGCAAUGUCCAGCAUCUCAUCCAGGCGGCCAUCCCCGGGCAUGUUGUCAGGCAGCCCGAGGGGCCCGGUGGGCUAAUGGUUUCCCAGCCGGUGGUGGCGAAUGGGCUCCAGGGGACUGGUUCGUCCCUCCCCGGAGUGGUCACGUCGGCCCCCAAGCCACCGCCGGCUGCCCCACGCAACACCGGAUGUUCCAGUUCCGCCGCCACGGUGAAAGUGGUCACUGCCGCCCAGUCUCUGCUCACCGCCUGCCCCAGCAUCACUUCUCAGGCGUUCCUUGACGCGAGCCUCUUCAAGAACAAAAAGUCUCACGAACAGCUGUCGGCCCUGAAAGGGAGCUUUUGCCGGAAUCAGUUCCCGGGUCAGAGCGAGGUGGAGCACCUGACCAAAGUUACGGGCCUCACAACGAGGGAGGUGCGCAAGUGGUUCAGCGACCGGCGAUACCACUGCCGGAAUUUGAAGGGAGCCAGAUCCGUGUUCGGCGGGGAGAGCGGCGCCCUGAUCAUCGAUUCCGCCCCAGAGAUCGCCUUUAGCCUGUCUCCCAAAGCGCCCGAUUUUACCUGCCUGGCGGCGCCGGCGACAAUACCGACAUCCCCCACCGCUCACCACGGGUCGACGAGGCGGCAGUCCUGGCACCAGACGCCCGACUUCACCCCUACCAGAUACAAAGAGCGAGCCCCUGAACAGCUCAGAGCCCUGGAGAGCAGCUUUGCACAAAACCCCCUGCCGCCGGAAGAAGAAGUGGAUCGCCUACGGAGUGAAACCAAGAUGACCCGAAGAGAGAUCGACAGCUGGUUUUCCGAGAGGCGGAAAAGGAAGGGGGCCGAGGAGCACAAGAAGGCAGAAGACAGGGCUUUUCGGGUGGAGGAGGAGGAAGAGGAGGAGGCGGGCGGGGAGGAGGAGGGGGCCGAAGGGGGUGGCGGAGGAGAGGAGUCCUUGGACAGUGGGAGGGAGUCCGCUGACCAUGGGCUGCCGGAGUCCUCCGGCGGCAGUUGUCCCCCGGGCGAGAGGAAGGUCAGCCCGAUCAAAAUCAACCUCAAGAACCUGAAGGUCACCGAGGCAAAUGGGCAGACUGAAUUGACGGGGCAAGGCAUCCCCGACCCCGAGGAGGACAGUUCGAUCAGGUCCUCGGAGCCCCCGAGAAGCAAAGCCAACUGUAAGAAGACCGCCCAGCAGCGGCAUUUGCUUCGACAGCACUUCGUCCAGACCCAGUGGCCAACCAAUCAGGAGUACGACAAUCUGGUCACUCAGUCGGGCCUGCCCAGGGCCGAGGUAGUUCGCUGGUUCGGGGAUAGCAGGUACGCAUUAAAGAACGGGCAGUUGAAGUGGUAUGAGGACUAUAAGCAGGGGGAUUUCCCUCCGGGCCUGUCGAACACCAGCCCAAGCCACGGGCAGCUCCUUCAGGACUAUUACAGAGCUCACAAGGUGCCCGCUGAGGGGGAUCUUCAGAGCCUGUGCGACCAGACCCAAAUGACCGCUCGGCAGAUCAAGCUCUGGUUUGCUGAAAAGACGGGCGAGGAAGCCAGAACGACUGUGUCCGACGCCGGCAGCGAGGACCGGGGCUCCAGCCCAGGGGAACCGGCGGGAAACCCCAAAGGGACGUUUGAUGACUGUUCCGAGGUGGCGGAGAGCGGGGAGGCCUGGGAGCCUAGUGGCCGGGAGGUCCGCUCAGAACCCCUCGGCCCGUUUAGCCCUCGAUCUGGAAUUCAACUAGAAGCAGAUUGAAUUUAAACUGACUACUGUGAAGGAUAUGCCAAAUUUGGGAAGAUGUCAGAUCCAAAGGGCCGAAUCUGAAUCUCAACAGCAGGGUAUGGUUGACGUGCCCUGCGGUUGUGACUCCCUUUUUAGCAAAGCACACUGGGAAGAGUCUGCGAGAAAGCAGAAUGGUCAGCGCAGAGCUCUUCACGGCCAAUUCGCUGAUUUGGGAAAUGCAGGGCUUGUAUCAGCAUCUCUCUCCUGCAAAACGGGACGCUCUCUUUUGCCUUCCAGUGGACAGAAUAUUUCAGAUUUCAUAUUCCUGUACAAUAGAACCAACUUUUUAAACCUAUACAGUUGCCUAUACACUUUUAAUAAAUAGCGGAUUAAUUGAUGAUUACGUAGGAACUUUUGAUGAGCAAAACAAAGCGGUUUCUUUUUCUGUAUUUGUAAUGUAUCUGUUCUCUGAAGGUGAGGAUUGCCGUAUUUGCUCUCACCCUGGGCCAUGAACCAGCUCUGUCCUAAGUGAGAGGACCUUAAAAAAGGCACACACUAGUUGCCGGCCUAAGGUUGAGAGUAAAUCGGAGCGGCUUGGGGCCGUUUUCUCUUGGCAGGGAACGAUCAUUUUUCCCUGACCCUGAGUAUUGGAGGUCGGUUAGAAGAAAGUCCUGGUGUCCUGCUGGUCACCCUCUAAUGAUCAGUUUUCUUCCCCUUUUGCCCUGUUUGUGGUGCAUCUUGGGAGAUUCCGGUGCCCUCUUACUUGAAUUGUGGAGGAAAAGGGACAACUGGAAUCUUUUUAUUUUUUAUAUACUCAUAUUAUGUUUUCAAAGGAAAUCCAUGGCUUCUCUUUUAGAGUUUUUAUGCCCAGUUUUUCUGCCUAUCCCGAUGACGAAGGUAGAUGUUUUUGAUCUGCGGGGCUACUGGAUCAUCAGCCUUGCAUUCACUCCCCUUCCCUCGUUUUCUGUAAUUGUGUUGGCUUUCCAAGAAAUUUCUAGAUCUA